AUGCACGCCCGGUACCUUGUCUCUGGUCUUCCUCGGGUACUCCCUCCCCUCCCACCCUCCCUUGCUCCUCCUUGUCUUCCCUGUGUCGAGGGGCGGCAGCGCGCUGCCCCUCACUCCUCCUCGUUCCCCCCGACGACUGCUCCUUUGCAGUCGCUCCACAUGGACGUGUGGGGCCCAGCCCGCGUCCGUGGUCAGGGCCAGGAGAGGUACUUCCUGAUCGUUGUUGACGACUACUCGCGCUACACCACGGUCUUCCCCUUGCGCACCAAGGGUGAAGUCCCUGAUGUUCUGAUCCCCUGGAUCAGCAGAGCACGUCUUCAGCUGCGAGAGUGUUUUCGCUCGGAGUUUCGUGUUCUGCGCUUGCACUCUGACAGAGGUGGCGAGUUCUCCUCCGACCUCUUAGCAGCCUACUGUGCCGAGCAUGGCAUUCGCCAGUCGUUCACGCUCCCGGCCUCUCCACAGCAGAAUGGGGUUGCUGAGCGCCGCAUUGGCUUGGUCAUGGAGGUCGCUCGUACCUCCUUAGUCCACGCGGCUGCCCCCCACUUUCUGUGGCCGUUUGCGGUCCGGUACGCUGCGCAUCAGCUCAACCUCUGGCCCCGUGUCUCCGCUCCGGAGACCUCGCCCACACUGCUGUGGACGGGGGAGGUUGGCGAUGCGUCACGCUUCCGUGUCUGGGGAUCCCGAGCUUUUGUUCGCGACACGUCUGCGGACAAGCUCUCCUCCCGCACUGCUCCGUGUGUCUUUCUUGGCUUUGUCCCGGAUGCGUCUGGCUGGCAGUUUUACCACCCUGCCUCGCACCGAGUCUUCCCCUCUCAGGACGUCACUUUUGACGAGUCCGUGCCCUUCUACCGCCUCUUCCCCUACCGCACUGCCCCGCUCCCUCCCCCGCCUCUCUUCCUCGCGCCAGGUGCUGCAGUGGUAGACCCCCUUCCCCCUCAGGGUGCCGCUCCCUCAGGUGUCUCUCAGGUAGACCCGGUUGAGCCUGCCGAGGUAGCUGUCGACUCGCGUCCUGCUGGAGGUGCUGAGCCUGAGCGUGCGGAGCCUGAGCGUGCGGAGCCUGAGCGGGCGGAGCCUGGGGGUACUGAGUCUGGGGGUGCUGAUCCUGGGGGUGCUGAGCCUGGGGGUGCUGGGUUUGGGGGUACUGAGCCUGGCGUUGCUGAGUCUAGGGGCACUGCGCCUGGAGUUGCUGAGCCUGGGGGUGCUGAGCCUGGUGGUGUUGCAGUUGACUGUGAGGCGCCUGGAGGACCUCCCUCUUCGCAGCAGCUGCGUGAGUGGUACUCACGGUACUGCAGCCUCCGGCGGGGUGAGUCUCGGGCUCGUGGUACUGCUGGAGUUGGUACUCGUGCUUCCCCACCACGGCGGGAGCCGCCCUCUUCCCCUCAGCUUCGAGAGUGGUACGCUCGGCACAUCAGUCUCCGUAGUGGAGCUGCUGGUGCUGGGGUCCCCGGAGUUGACGCUGCUGCGAGUGCUACGGACCCUGGUGCUGGAGGUGCUGCUGCUGCUGGCGGUGAUGCUGGAGGUGCUGCUAGUACUGAGGACCCGGGCGUUGGAGCUGCUGUGGGUGCUACGGACCCUGGUGCUGGAGGUGCAGCUGCUGCUGGCGGUGCUGCUGGAGGUACUGCUGCUGCUGGCGGUGCUGCUGGAGGUGCUGCUGGAGGUGCUGCGGACCCUGGUGCUGGAGGUGCUGCUGCUUUUGGAGGUGCUGCUGCUGCCGCUGGUGUCUCUGCUGGUUCGAGAGCUGCUGCACGGCCACGACCGUACUUCGUUCCGCUCCUUCAGCAGGUUCUUGGUCAGCCUCCUCCUCCUUGUUCUCCUCUCGCCUUAGAGUGUCAGCCGUCUGUCCAGUCACAGCCACGGUUACCGCCUGCCUCCCCACUCCCUGUGCCUGCUCCUUACAGUGGUCCGACUGACGGUCUUGCUGAGAGACGUGAGCCUGCGUCACGUCCUGUGUCACCUGCGUCUCGUCGAGCGUCGCCUGUUCGAGCUGCUACCACUGGUAGUCGUGUCCCGCGUGAGCGUCCUCCUGCUGUCCCAGGCACGCACCGGAUGGCGCUUCGUCAGUCCACUGCUCCGCAGCGUGUUGCUCUCCCGUCGCCUCCUGCGUCCUCUCUUCCUGCUCUUGCUGACCCGGAGUCAGACUCCCUUCGCGCUGCCAGUCCUACUGUCACACGUCUCCUGGCUACGGUUGUCACUGACCCUUCCUUUGAGUCCGCUGCUGCGUCUGCCCUAGUCACUGAGCUUGUCGACUUUGCAACUGCAUGUCGUCUAGACUACGCAGCGAGUCUUGUUGCUGAGUCUGAGUCUGCUUGUCCUCCGUCCGUCGGGGACAUCCCGACCCCACGCUCUUACGCAGAGGCGAUGGCCGGUCCCUACUCCUCUCAGUGGCAGUCAGCCAUGGACACAGAGAUGGCUUCCUGGAAGUCCACAAGCACCUACGUCGACGACGUUCCCCCACCUGGGGCGAACAUCGUCAGUGGCAUGUGGAUUUUCAGGGUGAAGCGGCCGCCAGGCUCUCCGCCUGUCUUCAAGGCGCGUUACGUUGCACGAGGCUUCAGUCAGCGAGAGGGAGUUGACUUCUUCCAGACCUUCUCCCCGACCCCGAAGAUGACCACUCUUCGGGUUCUGCUACACGUCGCCGCUCAGCGUGACUACGAGCUCCACUCUCUUGACUUCAGCACAGCUUUCUUGCAGGGCAGCCUGCACGAGGAGAUCUGGCUGCGCCGCCCACCUGGCUUCACUGGGUCGUUCCCUCCUGGCACCCAGUGGAGCCUCCGGCGGCCAGUCUACGGUCUCCGCCAGGCGCCGCGUGAGUGGCACGACACACUGAGGACUACACUUGCGGCUCUUGGGUUUGCUCCUUCUACUGCUGACCCGUCGCUGUUUCUGCGCACCGACACCUCGCUGCCGCCGUUCUACAUCCUCGUGUACGUCGACGACUUGGUCUUUGCCACUGCGGACACUGCCGCACUCGCCCACGUGAAGUCCGAGCUGCAGAAGAGACACACGUGCACAGACCUGGGUGAACUGACAAGCUAUCUUGGCUUGCGGAUCACCCGGGACAGAGCACGCCGCACCAUUACCCUGACUCAGUCACACAUGGUGCAGCAGGUCCUUCAGCGCUUCGGCUUCACGUACUCCUCGCCUCAGUCCACUCCUCUGCCUACGGGUCACUCGCUCUCAGCUCUGCCUUCGGAUGAGUCCGUAGAGUCGAGUGGUCCGUAUCCAGAGCUUGUGGGCUGCCUCAUGUACCUGAUGACCUGCACUCGACCUGACCUAGCAUACCCUCUCAGCAUCUUAGCACGCUAUGUUGCUCCCGGCCGUCACCGGAAGGAGCACAUGGAUGCAGCUAAGAGGGUGUUGCGCUACUUGUGCAGUACGUCGGGCAUGGGGCUAGUGCUUGGAGGGCGAGACCGGCCUGUUCUCACUGGGCACUCAGACGCUUCUUGGGCAGACGACCAGGCUACUCAGCGGUCGUCUCAGGGUUACACCUUCAGUCUUGGCUCUGGCUCUGUCUCUUGGCGUUCUACUCGUUCUUCUUCUGUUCUCAGCUCCAGCUAUGAGGCUGAGAUCUACGCCACGGCCAUGGGUGCCCAGGAGCUUCGCUGGCUCACCUUCCUGCUGACUGACCUUGGAGAGCAGCCUCGUUCUCCUCCAGUGCUGUACGUCGACAACAAGGCAACCAUUGCCUUGUGCCAGGAGCACAGACUGGAGCACAGGACGAAGCACAUUGCUCUGCGUUACUUUCUAGCUCGAGAGCUACAGCAGUGUUGUCAGCUUCUUCUGCGUUACGUGGCCACUGAGGCCAACACUGCUGAUGUGUUCACCAAGGCGCUUCCGCCUGUUGACCAUCAGCGUUUUUGCACUCUUCUAGGCCUUGUGCCGACUGUUUCUCACUUACUUACUUCUUGA